AAGAAACUUCCCGUGAGAAGGAGCUGCUGCAUUUUCGUGCGUGCUUCGUUGGCAGCUCUGUUUUUUAUUUAGUGCGCACGAAAAACAUAGCCUGAGUGUUGUGCAAUAUAACAAAGUGCUGACAACGUGAUACGCUCGCGGAAAGAAAAAAACACCGAGGCAAUCUAGUAACCGUGCCCGAGCGGGUUGAAAAGCGCCUGUUUGUUUAUUAAUAAACCACAGGCGAGACACCGACGAACCGCGUCGUGUUCUCGGAGCACUCCGGCCGGUUUAACUCACUAUAUUGGAGAUUACGUUUUCCCACGCCAAAAAUAUUAAAACCAAGUAACGCUCAAGUGGAAACCCGCGACAGAUUAUGAGCUUUGGGAAGAACGGUGUUAAGCGCAAGUAAGCAGGAAUGACGAAGUGCGUGUGCUGGUGAGCAACCUAAAUUAUCAGUUCAUCUAGUAAACCGUGGAUUGCCGUUUGCUCGCAUUUCGUCCGAUCUGCGGGAAAAUUCGACAGUGCUUAUUUUGUAGGUGAUAGAAUUGUUCGGUCCGCGGAAAGAAAAAGCCGCGGGAACGGUGUGGUAAUCAAUCACCAGUCGACCGCAAACUAACUGACCCCGCGAGUCAAUCAUCGUUUGACCGAGAGUGCCGGCCCCCUGGUAUUGCUGAUCAAAAAGCUAAACGGUACAUCCCCGAGAAGUAACCCGUUUCGGAUCCACACUGCAGUCAAAAUGGUCGAUCACGUGCUGGACGUGGACAAUCUGAUCCAACGGCUCUUGGAAGCUCACAAACUGCAGCAGCAACAAGCGCAGGAAUCGCGGAAAAAGGGCAAACUGAAAGAGAUCUUCUCGCACGACUUCAUGGUCCGGGGAUGCCGUCCAGGGAAGUCCGUCACGAUGCCGGAAGAAGAGAUCCGCUCGCUGUGUUUAAAAUCUCGUGAAAUUUUCCUUCAGCAACCGAUCUUGCUGGAACUAGAGGCUCCACUUAAAAUAUGCGGUGAUAUACACGGUCAGUACACAGAUUUGCUGCGGCUUUUCGAGUACGGUGGAUUCCCACCGGAGGCCAACUACUUGUUCCUGGGUGACUACGUCGACCGGGGUAAACAGUCGCUGGAAACGAUCUGUCUACUGCUAGCCUACAAAAUCAAGUAUCCGGAAAACUUUUUCCUGCUGCGCGGAAAUCACGAGUGUGCCAGUAUUAAUAGGAUAUAUGGUUUCUACGACGAGUGCAAGCGGCGCUACAAUGUGAAGCUGUGGAAGACGUUCACAGACUGUUUCAAUUGCCUGCCCAUUGCCGCCAUCAUUGACGAGAAAAUCUUCUGCUGUCACGGUGGUCUAAGCCCCGAUCUGAACCACAUGGAGCAAAUCAAACGCAUAAUGCGGCCGACGGAUGUUCCCGACACGGGUUUGCUGUGCGAUCUGCUGUGGAGCGAUCCCGAUAAGGAUGUGAAGGGCUGGGGCGAAAAUGAUCGUGGUGUGAGCUUCACGUUCGGGGUGGACAUUGUAGCGAAGUUUUUGCUAAUCCACGAACUCGAUCUGAUCUGUCGAGCGCACCAGGUUGUCGAGGAUGGGUACGAGUUUUUCGCCCGCCGGUCGCUAGUGACGUUGUUUUCUGCACCCAACUACUGUGGCGAGUUCGACAACGCCGGCGGCAUGAUGUCGGUGGACGCAAAUCUGAUGUGUUCGUUUCAGAUUUUAAAACCAUCGGAAAAGAAAGCAAAAUACCAGUACAGUGGCACGAGCAGCCAACGGCCACAGACACCCCAGCGCAAUCAGAAUCCAACCAAUAAACGGAAAUAAUAAUUCCUCUCCCUUCUCAACCGCUACCUGACGCGACGCGGCAAGAAAAAAU